AGAUCGUGUGCGUUUAUUCGGAAUACACGUACACGCGUACGCGUAAAUCUGUUGGUUGUAAUUAAUAUUAACGCAAUUAGGAUAGCGAGGGAGAUAGAGAUAGAUAUCGACGUAUUGGAAUUUUUUUGAACUUGAAUUCGAACUGUCCCUCAGGUGGGAUGGAUUCGGGUGGAGGAUAAGACGAUACUGUCGUUGGGCCAACGAACGGUGACCCACUCGCCCCGAUUCCUGGUCACGUUGGAGAACGCAAAGUCGAAGAAUCAAAGCGAGUGGAGGGACGAGGAGGAGGCCACCUCGCGGCUUCACAUUCGCCAACUUCGGGAAGCUGACCGGGGAUGCUACAUGUGCCAGCUGAACACGAAGCCCAUGUUGAGCCAGCUGGGAUGCGUGGAUGUCCUAGUUCCGCCGGAUAUACUUAGCUCUGGCACAUCGGAAGGCGAGGUAUCCGUUCUGGAGGGUGAGAACGCCACUCUCUCGUGUAAAGCUACCGGGAGGCCGGCACCUCGUGUGCUCUGGAGACGCGAGAAAAGUGGUUUCAUACUUAUGAGGGGUCUUCACGAUCCGCUGAUACCAGGUAAGAUAUUACAUUUUUAUCUCGAGUCGAGCACUCUCGCGAGCGCCGUCCCCGGUGACAAAUAACGUUCGAUUCUCUUCUUUUUAUUAAUUCUUAAGACCGCUCGAAACGUCCGCCGCCGCCUCUUCCUCCUCCUCCUCCUCCUUCUCGAUAUCACCCAUCGAAUAUCGCCCAUCCUCGAGUUUCCUUCUUCGAUUCCUCCUUUCCGAAAAAUUAUCCCUCUUUCUCUCCCUCCUUUCCCUCCGAUAUUCGAUUCGAUCGCGCCCGAUUCGAUUAAAAGAAGAAUGAAGAUUUUCGUCGAGCCGUACACGAACGUUACGCUCUUUCCACGACUGAUCAUCAGAGAUAUCGGGGCGAGGAGAGAAGGGGGAAGGGAGAGGGAGACCGCGUCACGACUCUCGGCACGCCAUCUAGGUUCUACGUUUAAACGGAACGUGAAGACAUCGUAAAUCCGGCCGACCUACGUGAUGCCGAUCGAAAGCAAUUACGUUGGAACGCGAGUUCUCAUCGAAUGGAGAUUAGUCCGUUCGAAACGACUUUCGAUAUAUUUCCACGUGCACGUGCGCCCACCGCCACGAUCCUGCACCGUAGUAUCGUAUAAUUCGACGAUUUUCUUUGUUCCUACUCGAGACGGAUGAAAAUAAUUCGGGAGGGGGGAAAAAUGGCGUCCAACGGUUUUUUCGCUCGGGCGCGUGGCAAAUUCGUCGUCGACCGUUUACCCCGCGAGAUAUUAAUGGUUACGAAUUCUCGAACAAUUGUUGAUAAAUCGAUACGCAAUAUUUUGAGUACGUUGAGUGGACGUUGCGACAAAAAUACGCGUAUUCGUAUUUUGAAUCGAGAAAGAGAGAGAGAGA